UCCUGGGUUCCCAGGCUCACGCUCAUUUUGCCACUUCCAAGAGCGCGAAGCGGGCGCGACUAUCUCUUCUGCCUGCUGCUCGCUAUCUGUCGAUGUCGAGGCAGAUGAGGAAGACUGCCGCGUUCUGCCUGCUGGCUCUCGUCCUCCACUCCCUGCCCCAACAUAUUGCUGCUGCAGGGGCCACCAGAAGUGAAAGUGUGUGGGAUGGAGGAGGAUGUCUCUCCCAAGAUGGCAGCCAGGAGACUCGGUGCUGGAAGGCUUGGAAGGCCGUCCACACAGAAAUAGCCAGGACUGAAUCCAUUGACAAUCCAGAAGCAAGUGACAUUUCUGAAACCAGGGACAUCAAUGAAGCAAAUAACACUGGGGAAUUUAAAAAAAAUACUCAAAUCAAUAGCACUCAUCACACCAGUGUCAUUAGUGAAAAAAGUGCAAGAACUCGAUUGAAAAGAACUGCUGGAACCACUGACAAUCAUGACAACACUUCCACUCAGGAAAGAAGUAAAACUCCAACUAACAGUCAGAGUGAAGUAAGGAGUGGCACUAGUAGAAGCACUUCUACAACUGGAAACAGUGCCACUUCUGAAUCCAGUGCCACUUCAGGAUCCAGUGACACUCCUGUAACCCAAGGACCAACUGAACCCAGUGCCACUAUUCAAUCCAGUGACACUCAAGAAACAAGUGCCACUACUGAAACCACUGUCACUACUGUAACCACUUCAACAGCUGAAUCCAGUGCCACUUCUCAAUCCAGUGCCACUUCUACAACAACUGCCACUCCAGAAACAAGUGCCACUACUGAAACCAGUGCCACUACUGUAACCACUUCAACAUCUGAAUCCAGUACCACUCCUGUAACCAGUGAAACAACUGAAUCCAGUGCCACUUCUAAAUCCGGUGCCACUAUUGAAUCCAGUGCCACUGCAGAAACAAGUGUCACUACUGAAACCAGUGUCACUACUGUAACCACUUCAACAACUGGAACCAGUGUCACUCCUCUAACCCCUGGACCAAGUGAAUCCAGUGCCACUCCAGAAACAAGUACCACUACUGAAACCGCUGUCACUACUGUAACCACUUCAACUACUGGAAGCAGUGUCACUCCUCUAACCAGUGGAACAACUGAAUCCAGUGCCACUACUCCAUCCAGUGCCACUUCUCAAUCCAGUGCCACUUCUAAAUCCAGUGCCACUCCAGAAACAAGUGCCACUACUGAAACCAGUGCCACUACUGUAACCACUUCAACUACUGGAACCAGUGUCACUACUGUAACCACUGGACCAACUGAAUCCAGUGCCACUUCUCAAUCCAGUGCCACUUCAGAAUCCAGUGCCACUCCAGAAACCAGUGCCACUACUGAAACCAGUGUCACAUCUGUAACCACUGCAACAACUGGAACCAGUGUAACUACUGAGUCCAGUGCCACUCCUAUAACAACUUCCACUCUGGGAAGCAGUGCCACUUCACAAACCAGUGUCAUUCCUACAACUCCUGGACCAACUGAAUCCAGUGCCACUUCUCAAUCCAGUGCCACUUCUGAAUCCAGUGCCACUCCAGAAACAAGUGCCACUACUGAAACCAGUGUCACAUCUGUAACCACUGCAACAACUGGAACCAGUGUCACUCCUGUAACCCCUGGACAAACUGAAUCCAGUGCCACUCCAGAAACAACUGCAACUACUGCAAUCAGUGUCACUACUGUAACCACUGCAAAAACUGGAACCAGUGUCACAACUGAGUCCAGUGCCACUCCUAUAACAACUUCCACUCUGGGAAGCAGUGCCACUUCACAAACCAGUGUCAGUCCUACAACUCCUGGACCAACUGAAUCCAGUGCCAAUUCUGAAUCCAGUGCCACUCCAGAAACAAGUGCCACUACUGAAACAAGUGCUACUACUGCAACCAGUGUCACUACUGCAACCACUGCAACAACUGGAACGAGGGUCACUACUGAGUCCAGUGCCACUCCUAUAACAACUUCCACUCUGGGAAGCACUGCCACUUCACAAACCAGUGUCAGUCCUACAACUCCUGGACCAACUGAAUCCAGUACCACUUCUGAAUCCAGUGCCACUCCAGAAACAAGUGCCACUACUGAAACAAGUGCUACUACUGCAACCAGUGUCACUACUGCAACCACUGCAACAACUGGAACGAGGGUCACUACUGAGUCCAGUGCCACUCCUAUAACAACUUCCACUCUGGGAAACACUGCCACUUCACAAACCAGUGUCAGUCCUACAACUCCUGGACAAACUGAAUCCAGUACCACUUCUGAAUCCAGUGCCACUCCAGAAACAAGUGCCACUACUGAAACCAGUGUCACUACUGUAACCACUUCAACUACUGGAACCAGUGUCACUCCUGUAACCCCUGGACCAACUGAAUCCAGUGCCACUUCUGAAUCCAGUGCCACUCCAGAAACAAGUGCCACUACUGAUACCACUGUCACUACUCUAACCACUUCAACAGCUGAAUCCAGUGACACUCCUGUAACCAGUGGAACAACUGAAUCCAGUGCCACUUCUCAAUCCAGUGCCACUUCUCAAUCCAGUUCCACUCCAGAAACAAGUGCCACUACUGAAACCAGUGUCACAUCUGUAACCACAUCAACAACUGGAACCAGUGUCACUCCUCUAACCCCUGGACCAACUGAAUCCAGUGCCACUUCUCAGUCCAGUGCCACUCAAGAAACCAGUGCCACUACUGAAACCACUCUCACGCCUGUAACCACUUCAACUACUGAAACCAGUGUCACUCCUGUAACCAGUGGAACAACUGAAUCCAGUGCCACUCCAGAAACAACUGCACCUACUGAAACCAGUGUCACUACUGUAACCACUGCAACAACUGGAAGCAGUGCCACUACUGAGUCCAGUGCCACUCCUAUAACAACUUCCACUCUGGGAAGCAGUGCCACUUCACAAACCAGUGUCACUCCUACAACUCCUGGACCAACUGAAUCCAGUGCCACGCCAGAAACAAGUGCCACUACUGAAACCACUGUCACUACUGGAACCACUUCAACUACUGGAACCAGUGUCACUCCUGUAACCAGUGGAACAACUGAAUCCAGUGCCACUUCUCCAUCCAGUGACACUGCAGAAACAAGUGCCACUAUUGAAACCACUGUCACGACUGUAACCACUUCAACUACUGGAACCCGUGUCACUCCUGUAACCAGUGGAACAACUGAAUCCAGUGCCACUCCAGAAACAACUGCACCUACUGAAACCAGUGUCACUACUGUAACCACUGCAUCAACUGGAACCAGUGCCACUACUGAGUCCAGUGCCACUCCUAUAACUACUGCCACUCUGGGAAGCAGUGCCACUUCACAAACCAGUGUCAGUCCUACAACUCCUGGACCAACUGAAUCCAGUGCACCUUCUGAAUCCAGUGCCACUUCUGAAUCCAGUGCCACUCCAGAAACAAGUGCCACUACUGAAACCCCUGUCACUACUGUAACCCAUGGACCAACUGAAUCCAGUGCCACUUCUCAAUCCACUGCCACUCCAGAAACAAGUGCCACUACUGAAACCAUUCUCACGACUGUAACCACUUCAACAGCUGAAUCCAGUGCCACUCCUGUAACCAGUGGAACAACUGAAUCCAGUGCCACUUCUCAAUCCAGUGCCACUUCUGAAUCCAGUGCCACUCCAGAAACCAGUGCCAGUACUGAAACCACUGUCACGACUGUAACCACUUCAACUACUGGAACCCGUGUCACUCCUGUAACCAGUGGAACAACUGAAUCCAGUGCCACUCCAGAAACAACUGCACCUACUGAAACCAGUGUCACUACUGUAACCACUGCAUCAACUGGAACCAGUGCCACUACUGAGUCCAGUGCCACUCCUAUAACUACUGCCACUCUGGGAAGCAGUGCCACUUCACAAACCAGUGUCAGUCCUACAACUCCUGGACCAACUGAAUCCAGUGCACCUUCUGAAUCCAGUGCCACUUCUGAUUCCAGUGCCACUCCAGAAACAAGUGCCACUACUGAAACCCCUGUCACUACUGUAACCCAUGGACCAACUGAAUCCAGUGCCACUUCUCAAUCCAGUGCCACUCCAGAAACGAGUGCCACUACUGAAACCACUCUCACGACUGUAACCACUUCAACUACUGGAACCCGUGUCACUCCUGUAACCAGUGGAACAACUGAAUCCAGUGCCACUCCAGAAACAACUGCAACUACUGAAACCAGUGUCACUACUGUAACCACUGCAACAACUGGAACCAGUGCCACUACUGAGUCCAGUGCUACUCCUAUAACAACUGCCACUCUGGGAAGCAGUGCCACUUCACGAACCAUUGUCACUCCUACAACUCCUGGACCAACUGAAUCAAGUGCCACUUCUCAAUCAAGUGCCACUCCAGAAACAAGUGCCACUACUGAAACCACUGUCACUACUGUAACCACUUCGACAGCUGAAUCCAGUGCCACUCCUGUAACCAGUGGAACAACUGAAUCCAGUGCCACUUCUCAAUCCAGUGACACUUCUGAAUCCAGUGCCACUCCAGAAACAAGUGCCACUACUGAAACUAGUGUUACUACUGUAACCACUUCAACAACUGGAACCACUGUCACUCCUGUAACCCCUGGACCAACUGAAUCCAGUGCCACUUCUCAAUCCAGUGCCACUCCAGAAACCAGUGCCACUACUGAAACCACUGUGACUAUUCUAACCACUUCAACAGCUGAAUCCAGUGCCACUCCUGUAAACAGUGGAACAACUGAAUCCAGUGCCACUCCAGAAACAACUGCAACUACUGAAACCAGUGUCACUACUGUAACCACUGCAACAACCGGAACCAGUGUCACUACUGAGUCCAGUGCCACUCCUAUAAGUACUGCGACUCUGGGAAGCAGUGUCACUUCACAAACCAGUGUCACUCCUACAACUCCUGGACCAACUGAAUCCAGUGCCACUCCUGAAUCCAGUGCCACUCCAGAAACAAGUGCCACUACUGAAACUAGUGUCACUACUGUAACCACUUCAACAACUGGAACCAGUGUCACUCCUGUAACCCCUGGACCAACUGAAUCCAGUGCCACUUCUCAAUCCAGUGCCACUCCAGAAACCAGUGCCAUGACUGAAACCACUGUCACGACUGUAACCACUUCAACUACUGGAAACAGUGCCACUCCUGUAACCAGUGGAACAACUGAAUCCAGUGCCACUCCAGAAACAACUGCAACUACUGAAACCAGUGUCACUACUGUAACCACUGCAACAACUGGAACCAGUGCCAUUACUGAGUCCAGUGCCACUCCUAUAAGUACUGCGACUCUGGGAAGCAGUGCCACUUCACAAACCAGUGUCACUCCUACAACUCCUGGACCAACUGAAUCCAGUGCCACUCCUGAAUCCAGUGCCACUCCAGAAACAAGUGCCACUACUGAAACCAGUGUCACUACUGUAACCACUUCAACUAUUGGAACCAGAGUCACCCCUGUAACCAGUGGUUCAACUGAAUCCAGUGCCACUUCUCAGUCCAGUGCCACUCCAGAAACCAGUGCCACUACUGAAACCACUUUCACUACUGUAACCACUUCAACAGCUGAAUCCAGUGCCACUCCUGUAACCAGUGGAACAACUGAAUCCAGUGCCACUUCUCAAUCCAGUGCCACUUCUGAAUCCAGUGCCACUCCAGAAACCAGUGCCAGUACUGAAACCAAUGUCACUACUGUAACCACUUCAACUACUGGAACCAGUGUCACUCCUGUAACCAGUGGAACAACUGAAUCCAGUGCCACUUCUCAAUCCAGUGCCACUCCAGAAACAAGUGCCACUACUGAUACCACUGUCACUAGUGUAACCCCUGGACCAACUGAAUCCAGUGCCACUUCUCAAUCCAGUGCCACUCCAGAAACCAGUGCCACUCCAGAAACCAGUGCCACUACUGAAACCACUGUCACUACUGUAACCACUUCAACAGCUGAAUCCAGUGCCACUCCUGUAACCAGUGAAACAACUGAAUUCAGUGCCACUUCUCAAUCCAGUGCCACUUCUGAAUCCAGUGCCACUCCAGAAACCAGUGCCACUACUGAAACCACUGUCACUACUGGAACCACUUCAACUACUGGAACCAGUGUCACUCCUGUAACCAGUGGAACAACUGAAUCCAGUGCCACUUCUCCAUCCAGUGACACUGCAGAAACAAGUGCCACUAUUGAAACCACUGUCACGACUGUAACCACUUCAACUACUGGAACCCGUGUCACUCCUGUAACCAGUGGAACAACUGAAUCCAGUGCCACUCCAGAAACAACUGCACCUACUGAAACCAGUGUCACUACUGUAACCACUGCAUCAACUGGAACCAGUGCCACUACUGAGUCCAGUGCCACUCCUAUAACUACUGCGACUCUGGGAAGCAGUGCCACUUCACAAACCAGUGUCAGUCCUACAACUCCUGGACCAACUGAAUCCAGUGCACCUUCUGAAUCCAGUGCCACUUCUGAAUCCAGUGCCACUCCAGAAACAAGUGCCACUACUGAAACCCCUGUCACUACUGUAACCCAUGGACCAACUGAAUCCAGUGCCACUUCUCAAUCCACUGCCACUCCAGAAACAAGUGCCACUACUGAAACCAUUCUCACGACUGUAACCACUUCAACAGCUGAAUCCAGUGCCACUCCUGUAACCAGUGGAACAACUGAAUCCAGUGCCACUUCUCAAUCCAGUGCCACUUCUGAAUCCAGUGCCACUCCAGAAACCAGUGCCAGUACUGAAACCACUGUCACGACUGUAACCACUUCAACUACUGGAACCCGUGUCACUCCUGUAACCAGUGGAACAACUGAAUCCAGUGCCACUCCAGAAACAACUGCAACUACUGAAACCAGUGUCACUACUGUAACCACUGCAACAACUGGAACGAGUGCCACUACUGAGUCCAGUGCUACUCCUAUAACAACUGCCACUCUGGGAAGCAGUGCCACUUCACAAACCAUUGUCACUCCUACAACUCCUGGACCAACUGAAUCCAGUGCCACUUCUCAAUCAAGUGCCACUCCAGAAACAAGUGCCACUACUGAAACCACUGUCACUACUGUAACCACUUCAACAGCUGAAUCCAGUGCCACUCCUGUAACCAGUGGAACAACUGAAUCCAGUGCCACUUCUCAAUCCAGUGCCACUUCUGAAUCCAGUGCCACUCCAGAAACAAGUGCCACCACUGAAACUAGUGUUACUACUGUAACCUCUUCAACAACUGGAACCACUGUCACUCCUGUAACCCCUGGACCAACUGAAUCCAGUGCCACUUCUCAAUCCAGUGCCACUCCAGAAACCAGUGCCACUACUGAAACCACUGUGACUAUUCUAACCACUUCAACAGCUGAAUCCAGUGCCACUCCUGUAACCAGUGGAACAACUGAAUCCAGUGCCACUCCAGAAACAACUGCAACUACUGAAACCAGUAUCACUACUGUAACCACUGCAACAACUGGAACCAGUGCCACUACUGAGUCCAGUGCCACUCCUAUAACAACUUCCACUCUGGGAAGCAGUGCCACUUCACAAACCAGUGUCACUCCAGAAACAAGUGCCACUACUGAAACCAGUGUCACUACUGUAACCACUUCAACUACUGGAACCAGUGUCACUCCUGUAACCCCUGGACCAACUGAAUCCAGUGCCACUUCUCAAUCCAGUGCCACUCCAGAAACAAGUGCCACUACUGAAACCAGUGUCACUAGUGUAACCACUUCAACUACUGGAACCAGUGUCACUCCUGUAACCACUGGACCAACUGAAUCCAGUGCCACUUCUCAAUCCAGUGCCACUUCUGAAUCCAGUGCCACUCCAGAAACAAGUGCCACUACUGAAACCAGUGUCACUACUGUAACCACUUCAACUACUGGAACCAGUAUCACUCCUGUAACCCCUGGACCAACUGAAUCCAGUGCCACUUCUCAAUCCAGUGCCACUUCUGAAUCCAGUGCCACUCCAGAAACAAGUGCCACUACUGAAACCAGUGUCACUACUGUAACCACUUCAACUACUGGAACCAGUGACACGACUGAAACCACUGCCACUCCCAAAACUACUACCACUGUGGAAAUCAGUGCCACUUCACAAACCAGUGUCACUCCUGUCACCAGUGGAACAACUGAAUCCAGUGCCACUUCUGAAUCCAGUGCGACUCCAGAAACCAGUGUCACUACUGUAACCACUUCAAUAACUGGAACCAGUGCCACCUCUGAGUCCAGUGCCACUCCUCAAACCAGUGGCACUUCUGAUGUCACCACCACUCACGAUUUCACCACUACUACUAAUGUUACCACCAUACCAGUCAUCACCACCACUCCUGUAGGCACCACUAAACCGGUGGUCACCACUAAGCCGGUCAUCACCACUAAGCCAGUUGUCACCACCACCCCUGCCAUCACCACCACUCCAGUGAAUUGCCUGAACGGAGGGUACUGGUCAGGUGUGAUGUGCGUCUGCCCCAAUGGCUUCUCGGGGGAUCGCUGUCAGAACAGAGUCCCCGUGGUCGACUGCCAGAACGGAGGCACGUGGGAUGGACUCAAAUGUCAGUGUACUGGCCUCUUCUAUGGCCCAAGGUGUGAGGAAGUGAUGGAGAGCGUAGAGAUAAAGCCGACGGUCUCUGCAGCUGUGGAAGUGAGUGUGACAGUAACCAGUCAAGAAUAUAGUAAUGAGCUACAGGACCGAAACUCCACAGAAUUCCGUAACUUCAAUGAGACAUUCACAAAGCAGAUGGCGAUAAUUUAUGCUGGUAUCCCGGAGUAUGAAGGAGUUAUCAUCAAAAAUCUGAGCAAAGGCAGUAUCGUGGUGGAUUAUGAUGUCAUCCUGAAGGCCCAGUACACCCCAGGAUUCGACAGCACCUUAGAUAACAUCGUCAGUAACCUGGAGACAAAAAUCAAGAAUGCGACAACAGUUCAAGUACAAGAUGACAAUAAUACCUGUUCAGCCUUACUGUGUUUCAACUCGACUGCCACCCGGGUGCAAACCAAUGUUACAGUAGUCAGUGACAAUCUUGAGGAGGUGUGCAAGAAAGAGGCUGGAGAGGACUUUGCAAAGUAUGUCACCCUGGGGCUCAAGGACAAUAAGUGGUACUGUGUCACGCCUUGUUCAUCAGGCUACAGUACCUCCAAGAACUGCAGCUAUGGCAAAUGUCAGUUGCAGCGAAGUGGACCCCGGUGCCUCUGCUUGUCCACGGAUACUCACUGGUACAGCGGUGAAAACUGCGACUGGGGCAUCCAGAAAAGUCUGGUGUAUGGGCUCGUGGGAGCCGGGGUGGCAGUGCUGUUGGUGAUUCUUGUGAUCCUCGCUGUGUUCUCCGUCCACUACAGAAGAGAUGCACAAAGGCAAAAGUCCAGAGUGUCUGAGAUGUACAGGUGGGGUGAAGAGGAAGGCAGAGCAUCUCCCGGAACCUUCCACAACAUUGGCUUUGAGCACAACGAAGAACAAGAAAACGAUAUUUCCUUGGACUCUGUGUACAGCAACUUCCAGCCCUCCCUAAGCCACAUAAACCCUGAAGGAAAGAUCCAGAUUCAGAGACCCCAGGUGGUCAUGACAUCGUUGUAAAUACUAACACAAAAACGGUUUUGCAUGGAUCUGUGGAGCUGAAGACCGAGAAGUGUGUUUGACCAAGCAUGGCGGAACACACCCUACGUUGAGAUUUCCCCAUGGAGACUUAUUGGGAAAUAGACCCUGCAGUUAGCAAGAAUGGAUACGAGAGAGACGAUGCUGGAAGCUCAGACAGUAUGGAAACUGCAGUGGCCAUGUUAUGACGGCAAGCGAUGAUCCCUACCGGAACCUCAUCCCCAGAGAUGCUCUCCUUCCCGUGGGCCCACAUUCAGCACCAAGGACAGUGCCCACCUGCUGCCAUUGCCAUUGGUAUAACAUUAGAUUGCAUUUUACAAAACACACUUCUAAGAAAGCUUACCUCCCAUCUCCAUGACAAGCACUGUUUUUAACACAGACUAUCCAUCUUUUUAAGGUCAUACUUAGUUUUAAGUUUCUCUUUAACAUAUUAAAGCUUUUAUUUUGUUGAAUUCUAGUUUACCUUAUGUAAAUAAAAGUAUAUGCUUAUUUUCUAA